AUGACAAGAAAGAUUAUUGGAGAAAAAUCAGAUAAAUAUUUAUCUAAUAAAGAAAGAACAAGAAGAAUAGAUAACCUUAAAAAGCUAGAAAACGAAGAAACAAAAAAAUUAAGACAAAAAAUAAAGGAUUUGAAAACGUUUAAAAAAGAAUAUCAAGGAAUCUUUGGAGAAGAGAUAUUUGAGGAUGACUUUGAAUAUCAUUUCAAUGUAGAAUUAAAAUUAAAAAUAUAUAAAGAAUUGUG